ACACUGAUCGCGGACCAAUAGUUUAGAGGAGGUGGAAUGAGCCCGCGUUGCUAGUGGAGACGUUCCGGCGGAGCUUCAGAGAGCUUGUUUACUGAACGGAGGGAGCUCGAGCAUUCAGGUUGGUGGUGUUGCUGCGAGGGUUCUGUACGGUGACGGUGAACAGACUACUUUACCGAUGGGAUAACAGAAUUCCUACCAGAGACGCUCGCGCACAAACAGUUUUUGGUCGCUGUUAGGCUACAGCUUGUACAACUACUUGUAAUGUUGUAAAGGCUGUUAAUGACAUUGCCGCAAUCCUUUUGUUUCUGUUAAUCUUUUUACCGCUGCUAGUUUCGGUGGGGCAGGUGUUGGGUAUAAGGCUUGUUUUUUAUUAUUUGUAUUGCUACUGAAUCCAUUUUUGGACGACGUGGAACAAAGGCACGGGACGAGAUGGAUACCGAAAAGUACUUACCGGAGCUGAUGGCAGAGAAGGACACACUGGACCCCACGUUUCAUCACUCUCUACGGCUACUAGAUCAAGAAAUCGAAAAAUUACAAAAAGAUGAAGGAAAAGAAGACAAAGAAGAUGAGAGGUUCAUCGACGUUGUCAUCAACAAGAACAUGAAGCUGGGACAGAAAGUGUUAAUACCUGUCAAACAGUUUCCUAAAUUUAACUUUGUGGGCAAACUGCUGGGUCCACGCGGGAACUCGCUGAAGAGACUACAGGAAGACACGCUCACCAAGAUGUCAAUUCUGGGGAAAGGAUCAAUGAGAGACAAGGAGAAGGAGGAAGAGCUGCGGAAGAGUGGAGAGGCCAAAUAUCAGCACCUGAACGAAGACCUUCAUGUUCUCAUCGAAGUGUUCGCUCCUCCUGCAGAAGCCUAUAACCGGAUGGGUCACGCUUUGGAGGAGAUCAAGAAGUUCCUGAUACCAGAUUACAAUGAUGAGAUCCGACAGGCACAGCUGCAAGAGUUGACAUACCUGAAUGGUGGCUCAGAGGACGCCAAGGUGCCAACGGUGAGGGGCAAGCUGCCCUCAGCACGUGGUAGAGGGACGCCUGCCCCCGGACCCAUUAGGAGUCGUGGAGGAGUGCCCCCUCCUCAUGCAGCGGUCCCCCGCGGAGCAGCGCCGAGAGGGGCACCGCCCAGCCGGGUACCGUCCGCCCGGGGCAGGGGAGUGCCUGCGCAGAGAGCACGGGGAGCCCCCCCGCCAGCGGGGUACAGGCCCCCACCACCUGUAGUUCAGGAGACGUACGGCGAAUAUGAAUACGAUGAUGGAUACGGGACGGCUUAUGAUGAACAGGGCUAUGACUCCUACGACAACAGCUACAGCAAUCAAGGACAGAACUCAGAUGACUAUUAUGAAUAUGGACAUGGUAAUGGCGGGGAAUCAUAUGAGCCAUACGCAGGUCAGGAAGAAUGGACAAAUAAUCGCAGCAAGGCGCCGACCGCACGGACGACCAAGGGAGUGUACAGAGAGACGCCCUACUCCAGAUAUUGAACUACAACCUGCCCAAUCCCUCACGGACGUGUCAUCAAGUAAUGGAUUUUAUACGGACACUCCCUUCUUUUUAGACUGAACAAAACAAACCAUCAAAAACCAACAAUAAACGGUGACAGUAAACAACUUGUAAACAAUCGUAAAACGUGGGUUUUAAAAAUGGAAGACCGUAGUAUCAUUUCAAGACUGUUUCCACCAGAAUGAUGUAAUGUGUGUAAUUUAGAUAAUCUUCUAUCGUUCCCAAACAAAUAGUUAUCGGAAUAAUCUAGACCUGUUUAUAGAGUGAUCGGUCACUUUAAUGUUAGUGGUUUAGUUCUAGAGAGGUGAAGUAUUGUAGAUAUUUUUUUCAAGGGUUAUUGGUAAAUUGUGUCCCUUGUAAAUGACACCUUUCCAACCAGAAAAAAGAAAGAUGCUGAUAUACAUAUGUUGUUUUAUCUCCUUUUGUAAAUGAUUAGUGUUAAAGUUAGUGUUAAAGGGCUUAUAAAAGCAUGGUGUGGAACCAUUGUGGAUAGUGAAACUGUUUUAUUCUUAUCUUAAAAUCUGUGCAGACGUGUGUGUUUCUGUUUAAUUUCUCUCCUUUAAUAAUCACUCUUUAAUCACGGGCCGUACUUUUCUUUUUUAUGUAAACAUAAACUUAAAUUAAAAAAAUUAAAAAUACGGAGCUGCUAGACAUUGUAUGUAAUGCUCUUAACAAUUAAAUACAUUUAUUAUUUUUUCAGUUUAAAAACCUGAAAUGCUUUCAAACAGUGUAAUAAGGUUUUCUUGAGACAUUAAAUCAUGUAGAAUUGGUCUGGUAACAGAAAUAGUGUAUUAUCAUAUGAACCUUCUCCGCUUAUGUAAGCCCUUUAAUAUUUUUCUUCUUGGUUGAUGCUCAAUAAACUUUUUGAAAGAAAUAAGUUUGUGUUCAAUAGCUUAAUUCUGCAUUUAAAUAAAUAGAAAACACAUUAAUCACAACUAAAAAAAAAAAAAAACAUUGUAAAGAAAGAUGCUUUUUAUAAUAUCCAAAUGAUCACUUAAAUGCUAUAUUCUGUAAAGAAUGUAGAGCCUCAUGAGAUUUUAUACUGAUCCAGUUUAGCUUCUGAAUAAUCUGAUUAUAUGUAAUAUGGCAUAAAAGUAAACGUAAUUUUAAUGCAAAGAUCUACCUAAAAUCUGAAUGCAAGCUACAAAACAACACAAUUUUGUAAGAAAUGUGUAUGUAUAUUUCAUUGUAAAAUACAAUUCAGGUAAUGUUUUGUA